UUGUAUAUAUAACAUUGUAUAUAUAACAUUGUAUAUAUAACACCGACGACCUGCCAACCAUCAACUACAUCCCCUUCAAGAGCACACGCCCAGACCAGCGUAAAUAACGUAUCAAAAAUACAAACCGAAACCAAUUUGAAAUGUCCGACCAACAAGAGAUUUACGCUGCGUUCCCCAACGUCCCUCAGGCUCCUCCUGAUUCCAUCUUCCAAUUGACCGCUCGUUACGUCGCCGACAAGCACCCGAACAAGAUCAACCUGGGUGUCGGGGCAUACAGGACGGACGAGGGGAAACCUUGGGUAUUGCCCACCGUCAAGAAGGCUUCCAGGCAACUAGAAGAGAACCCCGAUAUCGACCAUGAAUACCUCCCUAUCACGGGUCUUCCUCAGUUUACCAAGGCCGCUCAGGGUUUGAUCUUUGGGAAACAGAACAAGGCUGUUGACGAGGGGAGGGUUAUUAGCGUCCAGACCUUGUCAGGUACUGGAGCCAACCACUUGGCCGCACUGUUCUUCGCCAAGUUUUACGAGUUCCCCACGGACAAGAAGGAGAUCUACAUUAGUAAUCCUACUUGGGCCAACCACAACGCCAUCAUCUCCAACGUCGGGGUUACGCCCGUCUCUUACAGGUAUUACAACAAGGAGACCAUCGCGCUCGAUUUCGAUGGGUACUUGGAGGACUUGCAAAAGGCCCCGGAGAGAUCGGUCAUCUUGGUUCAUGGGUGUGCCCAUAACCCUACCGGAGUCGACCCGACGGCCGAGCAGUGGGACAAGAUCCUCGACGUCUUUUUGCAAAAGAAGCACUACGCGUUCUUUGACUCGGCUUACCAAGGGUUCGCCACGGGAGAUCUCGAUCGGGAUGCCGGGUCGAUGAGGAAGUUUGCCGAGAAGAGGGUCCCGAUGUUGGUCUGCCAGUCGUUUGCCAAGAACGCCGGGUUGUACAACGAACGAGUCGGUGCUCUGCACGUCGUCGCGGCGGAUACCAAGGAGGCCGAGAGGGUCAAGUCCCAGUUGUCCGUCUUGCAGCGAAGCGAGAUCUCGAACCCUCCCGCUUACGGAGCUCAUAUCGUCUCCAUGAUCCUAACCAACCCGGAACUCUUCGAUUCGUGGAAGAACGACAUUACCACCAUGUCGGGUCGAAUCAUCGAGAUGAGGGAUGCCCUGUUUGACUUGCUCAAUGACAAGUUCAAGACGCCUCCCCCGCCCGGAAGGAAGGACUGGGGUCAUAUCAAGGAGCAGAUCGGCAUGUUCUCGUUCACCGGUCUCAACCCUGAUCAGACUAAGAAGCUCGUCGAGGAGCAUUCCGUCUACCUUACCGGGAACGGUCGGAUAUCGAUGGCCGGGUUGAACACCCACAACGUCGAGACCUUCGCCAAGGCCGUCGACGAGGUCGUCCGAAGUACCUCUGGUUCGGUCCCCGGUUCUGCCCUCUGAGAGGCUAGCUAGCGUCUUGUCCGUCAUCGUGGUCGUCUUGUAUAUAGCUUGUCGCUUGUCGUCGAUAUCGAGAAUGAAGAGUCAAUUGUCAAG